AUGGGCACCACGAACGAGCUGAUGCACCGCCACGUCCAGGCGGCCGCCGUGCCACCGCUGCCCGCGUCCUUCGCGGCGACCAGCGCCAGGGGCAUGGGGUCGCAGCCGGGGCAGGGCGGCAGGCAGCGGGCGGGGCUGCCCCCGACGCCGCCCUCGGGGGCCGGCUCCCACUCCCUGCACGUCGCGGACGCGUGCAUGCCGAUGCAGGACGACUCGGCGCCGCGCAAGGCGCACCGCCGCUCCCGCAGCGACGUCCCGUUCGGCUACUUCCCGCCGCCGUCCCCCAAGACGGAGUCCGGCUGGGGCCUCCCCUGCGCCGGCGGCGGCGGCGGCGGCGGCGGCGACGAGCUGUUCAACGCGUUCAUGAGCAUGGAGGGCAUGGACGGGCUGAACAGCUCCGACGGGGACAGCCGCGGGAGCAGCAUGCCCCCGGCCAACGGCGCCGACAGCAGCGAGAACGAGUCGGAGGACUACAGCGGCGUCGAGAGCCAGGUGUUCCUCUGGGGCGAGGCCGGCAGGAAGAGGAACGCCGCCGGGGAGCCGGCGGCCGCGGCUACCCGGCACGCGCGGAGCCUGUCCAUGGACAGCCUCAUGGGGAAGCUGAGCUUCUCGGCCAACGGCGGGGAGCCGAGCAAGUUCAGCCUGGAGUUCGGCAGCGGCGAGUUCACCCCGGCCGAGAUGAAGCGGAUCAUGACCGACGAGAAGCUCGCCGAGAUGGCCCUCGCCGACCCAAAGCGCGUCAAGAGGGUGCUCGCCAACCGGCAGUCGGCGGCGCGGUCCAAGGAGCGGCGGAUGCGGUACAUCGCCGAGCUGGAGCACAAGGUGCAGAUCCUGCAGACGGAGGCCACCACCCUCUCCGCACAGCUGACUCACCUACAGCGCGAUUCGUCGGGGCUGGCCACGCACAACAACGAGCUCAAGUUCCGGCUGCAGGCCAUGGAGCAGCAGGCGCAGCUGCGCGACGCUCUGAACGAGGCGCUCACCGGCGAGGUCCAGCGCCUGAAGCAGUCGGCGACGUCGGAGCGCGGCGGCGACGCGGGCUCGUCCAGCAACCUGGCGCAGCAAAUGCAGCUCCGCUGCCAGAACCAGAUGCUCGAGAUGCACAAGCAGCAGCAGCAGCAGCAGCAGCAGCAGCAGCAGCAGCAGAUACCCUUCUACCAGCUGGAGCAGCCGGAGCAGAAUGGCGAGUCAAACUGA